ACUCGUUCGCUCUACCCCCUGUCCUUCUCGCGCUCCAGUCUCUUUCUCGUCGCCGCCGCGGCCUCCUCGGGGCGACGGUCCUGGCGCGCCGCUCCGCCUCCACCCCGGGCCCGGGGCGCCGCCCGGUUCCCUCCCUUCCCCCCGGCCUGGGGCGCGGGUGAGGCCCUGGAGGGGGCCGCCAGGGGCGCGAGGCGGCGGGGGUCCGGGGGAGCCCUGCCCGCUUCCGGUGCCAACGAGGCCUGUCCCGUGCGCACGCGGCGGCCGCGCGGCUCUUCUCGCUUCCCGUCCGGGUUCUGCGCGCACGCGCCGCCCUUGGAGAGUCUUGUGGCCCUUCCGGCGCCCCGUAUGGUCUCCGCGCGCCCCGUAUGGUCUCCGCGCGCGUGCGCGGCCUCGCGCGCUCCCGGCAGCUCUGGCGCGCGUGCGCGGGCUUUCCCGCCGCGCGGACUGCCCCGGCCUGCCCCGCCCGCCGCGGGCCCGGGCGCGGCCGGAGACGCCGCCCUCCUGCCCGGAAGGGCGCGGGCCCUCCGCCGCCCCCUUUGUUCCAGCCCGGCGUCUCGGGGUAGCGCCCCGGGCGCGGUGGGGGCGGGGCGGCUCGGGACCCGAGCCCGCUCCCCGCGUGCCGAGGUGUCGGGGCGGGAGGGGACCGGGCCGCGCGGCGGCCGGGGCUCUGUUCUCGGGAAGGGGUGGAACCCGGUGGAACUGCGCUCUCCCGUCUGGCACCCCGUGGGAAGCGUUCAGGGGCAGUUGCGGCAUCGUCCCAGACAUAGCAGUUGGUACAAAGCGGGGAUCUGACGAGCUCUUCUCUGCCUGUGUCACUAACGGACCCUUUAUCAUGAGCAGUAACUCGGCCUCCACAGCAAAUGGAAACGACAGCAAGAAGUUCAAAGGGGACAACAGGAGCACAGGCGUGCCCUCCAGGGUGAUCCACAUCCGAAAGCUGCCCAGUGACGUCACUGAGGGGGAGGUCAUCUCCUUGGGGCUGCCCUUCGGGAAGGUCACCAAUCUCCUGAUGUUGAAAGGGAAGAACCAGGCCUUCAUUGAGAUGAACACGGAGGAGGCUGCCAACACCAUGGUGAACUACUAUACGUCGGUGACGCCCGUACUGCGCGGCCAGCCCAUCUACAUCCAGUUCUCCAACCACAAGGAGCUCAAGACAGACAGCUCGCCCAAUCAGGCACGGGCCCAGGCGGCCCUGCAGGCGGUGAACUCAGUCCAGUCGGGAAACCUGGCCCUGGCUGCGUCGGCCGCGGCAGUGGACGCGGGGAUGGCAAUGGCUGGACAGAGCCCAGUGCUCAGGAUCAUCGUGGAGAACCUCUUCUACCCGGUGACCCUGGACGUGCUUCACCAGAUCUUCUCCAAGUUCGGCACCGUCCUAAAGAUCAUCACUUUCACCAAGAACAGUCAGUUCCAGGCGCUGCUGCAGUUCGCCGAGCCCGCGAGCGCCCAGCACGCCAAGCUGUCGCUGGACGGCCAGAACAUCUACAACGCCUGCUGCACCCUGCGCAUCGACUUCUCCAAGCUCACCAGCCUCAACGUCAAGUACAACAACGAUAAGAGCCGCGACUAUACACGCCCCGAUCUGCCAUCCGGCGACAGCCAGCCCUCGCUGGACCAGACCAUGGCCGCAGCCUUCGGCCUCUCCGUCCCUAACGUGCACGGGGCCCUGGCUCCUCUGGCCAUCCCGUCGGCGGCGGCGGCGGCAGCAGCGGCGGGCCGGAUCGCCAUCCCAGGCCUGGCAGGGGCAGGAAAUGCUGUCCUGCUGGUCAGCAACCUCAACCCCGAGAGAGUCACACCCCAAAGCCUCUUUAUUCUUUUCGGCGUGUACGGCGACGUGCAGCGGGUGAAGAUCCUGUUCAACAAGAAGGAGAACGCCCUGGUGCAGAUGGCCGACGGGAGCCAGGCCCAGCUGGCCAUGAGCCACCUCAAUGGGCACAAGCUGCACGGGAAGCCGGUGCGCAUCACACUCUCCAAGCACCAGAACGUGCAGCUGCCCCGUGAGGGCCAGGAGGACCAGGGCCUGACCAAGGACUAUGGCAACUCGCCCCUGCACCGCUUCAAGAAGCCCGGCUCCAAGAACUUCCAGAACAUCUUCCCACCCUCGGCCACCCUGCACCUCUCCAACAUCCCGCCUUCCAUCUCUGAGGAUGACCUCAAGAUUCUCUUCUCCAGCAACGGCGGGAUCGUGAAAGGGUUCAAGUUCUUCCAGAAGGACCGCAAAAUGGCGCUGAUCCAGAUGGGCUCCGUGGAGGAGGCCAUCCAGGCGCUCAUUGACCUGCACAACCACGACCUGGGUGAGAACCACCACCUGCGGGUGUCCUUCUCCAAGUCCACCAUCUAGGCCGCCACCAAGGACCAGCCUGCCGGGCACCCGGCGACAACUUCCAUCAUUCCAGAAAAAAAGCCACUUUAAAAAGCAGCUGAAGUGACCUUAAAAAAAGACCAGAGAUUUUAUUUUUUUAAAGAGAAAUCAGUUUACCUGUUUUUAAAAGAAAUUAAAUCGAAUUCACUUGCUCACCUGGGGGAGGUGGGGUGCCAACCUCAGGCUCUUGGUGACCGUGGAGGCCCAGCCCGGCCCCUUGCCCGUGCCUUCUGUAGUCUGUGUGGCGGGCGCUCCCAAACCUCCACUCGGCUUUCUUGUGCCUUAAACCCACUGCUCUGGCAGGGCCUAUCUUGGGGUAGCAGACGUGUAGGGGUUUGGGGGCCUGGGGGGGGGUCGGCCUCCCAUGGGAUCGUGUGCCUGCUGCGGUGGGAGCCCGUGGGCGGCCAGGGGUGGCCGCCCCCAAUCCUUGCAUCAUUUGCCCCCCGGCCCCCGGGCCCCUCCCCGUCGCUUCUUCAGCUUUGUUUCCACCAUAAUCUCUGUAUUAUGCUUCGAUGCAGCUGCAGACACCUGUGCCUAGCAAUAUUUCCAGUUGACCAAAUAUUCUAAUCUUUUUCAUUUAUAUGCAAAAAAUAGUUUUAAAUAACGUUUUAUAUAGCAAGAUGAUAAAAAUGGUAUGAGUGUAACCUAAAUUUUCUCCUCGUGGUAUGACUUUGUAUACUGUACUUUUAUUUUAUUCCUUGUCAUUGAGUCGCAGGGCAGGAUCUAAUUUCCAGGGCAGACACAAUGGGGCCGGCACGUCUGCGACCUGCCGAUGCCUUACUCACAACUGUCCUCUGUCCCGGAGGACAAGUGCUCUUAAACUUUCAGGGUUUCUUUUUUCCUGCAAAUUUUGGACCAAAGUUUUGUUUCUGUUUUUUGUCUGCCUCUAAUGCUGGGACCCCAGGAGGUGGGACAGCAGCCCUAACCUUCCGGUCUUUACCGCCUUGUCCUGCACUCACGGGUCCAAGGGGCUCCCCGCGCAGGCCCUGUGCUGGCCGGCCCUCCUUCAGGGCCUGGGCCUCAAGUUUCCAUGUCGGGGUGGAACAAGGGUGUAAAUAUUUAUAAUUUUUUUAUACCUGUUGUAAGACGUGAGGGGCAGCAAUUGCGGUUUUUUUAUGGUGACACAGAUGUAUAUUUUGAUAACAGCAAUUACAGGCUCAGUAUUGUAAGGAGCAUGGCAGGCCACUGCCCGCUGCCGGCUUGUAAUGCGGAGAGAACUGAAUUAAAGCAAUUUUAUAACAACUCC